AUGCUUUCCGGGACUGCAUUUACAAUUUUUUUAGCAGCUCUCAUUGCUGCAGCAAUCCUUCCAACUCAAACUUUGGCCAUUCCAAUGGACGAUGACUCCCUAGACCGACCAAACACCGAUUAUCCGGCUCUGUUUAGAGCCUUUUUGGACCUGGGAAACGCCCUCUUCGGAACUUGGACACCUGAAGGAGCAAUCGAGGAGUUCAUAAGGAAACGGGAAGCCCAGGGCUUGGGUUACUAAGAGAUACCACCACCUACUCCCCGCUUUCCACACAUGCGUUGCAUAAGUUUUGCAUGCUGCAAAAAAGUUAACAACUCGAAAGGCAGCCAAAGAAAAGGGGAUUUCGGAGUGGUGGUGGUGACUUAAGUGAGGGGUCAGAGACAACGUUUUAAUUAUGCACGCUUCAGUUUUGGCCAUAUCACCCAUCAUUACCACUCCGUCAGCUAUUGGCUUUUAGUUAUUCCGUUUUUUGUUGGGCUAAUACCCUGC